CAGAACUUCAGAAAAGAAAUUGAAUGUGAAUAUGAAAACAAAGGCACGACAGAGCAGGACUGUCAGCAGAAAUGAGUCAAAGAAGGUUUUCAUUGUUCAUGAUCACACAGAUGAUAUCUCAGUGAACUUUGUUAAUGAAAAGAUAAUCCCAAUUCUUGAAACAAAUAGGAUUACUUCAUAUGACAAAUUAGCUGUUACAGAUCAUUCUGAUGUGAAUUUAGAUUCUCAGGACCUAAUUGAUCCAACGUUGGAGUUGGGUAAAAUGCUGUCCAAUGAAUCUGAUAGUAUUAUGGACUCCUGCUGUGGAACUAUUGUGGUUGUGCCGUCUCAACCUGGCACUUUACAAUCACCACUUGAUAAAAUACUUUUUCACUCAAUUGAGCCAAGAUUUGAAUCAGGAAAUCUUCAAGUCCUAUGUGUUCGGCUAACUCAGAAUAGCAUUGUUCCUGUGCAACUGAGAGGCACAGCUACAGCUGACUACUUCAACUCUGAAGUUAGCAAUAUGUGGCCGAAUCUAGUUGCCCAUUUCCACGAGCCUGUUCGAAUGUAUCAUUUGUCGUCGUCAUCAGCAAUCUUUCCAGAGGCAGAUGUUCCCGAGGUUCCUUCUUUACCAUUGAAUUACAAAUUUUAUGUCCGGCGCCUAUCAGUCCACCGUUUUCUCUGUGGAGCAAAUAAAUCUAUAUUUAUUGUUCCCAUGCUUCUGCUGGCUAUCCAGUUUAUGGUCACCGUAUAUAAGACAUAUCAGGCCGAGGAUAAAUGGAAUAUCUCAAACUUUAAGUUUCAAGAUUCCCCAAAUUUGUUGUGCAGUUCUAGUGCUGUAACAGCUGUCAGUUUCUUCCUUACGGUUGUCCAGAUGACUUUAACGACAGGUAUUCCUUUGCUCAUGAUCAUCAAAGUCAUGGCAAUGACCACAGGUAUGAACAGCAGUCUUGUUCUUCCUUUUGAACACUGUGACAUCAAUGCAGUUUGGUCCAUACUCAACAAACUAUACCAGCCAAGAGAGCUCAUUGAUGUCAAUGCUAAUAAUACAAUUCGCCAGGCUGAAAGAAUGAUUGACAAAGCUUUGUUCAUUACUGUGUGUCAAACAGUCAUACACAGUUUUGUUUUGACACUUGUUUUGUGCUUACUGCGCAUCCUUUAUGAUUUAGGCCAUGACUCUUCUACUGUGGUUGUAGUUCUAGGCAUGGUUAUGGACUUUUUGACGGGUUUCAUAGGACUCAGUUGUAUCGGAAUUGGACGAGCACUAUUUGCUUGCGAAACAAAACUUUGUAUGUACAAGGAUAUGUGGGCUGACACUCAAGACAUACCAUCAGGCCCAUUCUUGCAACAGUGGAAAAUUUACGAGGAUACAUGGUAUAACUGCAAGAAAUUGGCCAUUGGAUUGAUCAUCAUCCUUUUGAUGUGUCUGUUUGUAUCAAAUUUAUUGUACUACUUAUGUCAAAAUACAUCAGAAAGGGAGUCCUUUGAGAGUCUUCCUAUUAUGAUCCUUAGAACUUCUGACUUUUUUGCCAUCUGUCCUUCAGGAUGGUUUCUGGCAAAUGUGUCCCUUCCUCUGGAUGUGUUACUGUUUGGAUUGUUAAUUUGGCAUAUCCAAACACAACCAGAAGAUUACAAUGUUGCAGGGAUCUACAAAUAUCAGCAGUACCACGUGAACUUGCUGUUGUGGCACCUUGUUUUGCGUGUCUGUUUUCUGGUGAUCCUGGAUAUCGGAGUGUGCUGCUAUCGUGGCAAGUGGAAACAAUGUCAGUCUUAUGUCUCCACAGCCUUCCAGGGCAUAAAGAUGAUAGCUGCAAUAGUGUUGUUAUGGUAUAUAUAAUUUUUACAGAAGAAGAGUUAGCUGAGAAACUAGUUUCUGUACUAAUUUAAAGUCUGAAUGUGAGCAUUUAGUUGCAAACAAACUGUUUAGUAUUUGAUAAUCUAUAGACUACUACAUAGUUUCUGUACUAAUUUAAAGUGAGAAUUCUGUUGCAAACAGACUGUUUAGUAUUUGAUAUAUACUGUACUAUAAAAAAAGUCUAUGUCUAUGGAUUAUAUUUCUUCUAUUGUUUCAUGCAGUGACUACAUUCAAUUUCUACAGUAGCAAAGUUCAACUACAAAUUAAUUAAUUUUAAACAAUAACUUUCUAUCACCUCUUUUCUCUCAUCUCCUC